UCUUCACAUUUGAUCAAUCUCUCCUUCUUUCAGCUACAUCAAUUGAGAAACAAAGAAACCAACAAUGUGCAAGAAUUGGGUUGUUUUUGCAUUCAUCUUUCUAGUCCUCCUCAGCGGCUUCUCUUCAGCUUCAGCCACACCACCUGCAAAAAUCGUAAGUGGGGUUGUCUCCAAUGUCGUCUCUGUACUUGUUAAGUGGCUCUUGUCACUCAAAUCCAACAGUAAAACAGCUGUCUCUAGCCGUUCGAUGGUGAAAUUUGAAAGUGGAUAUACAGUUGAGACAGUGUUUGAUGGAAGUAAGCUUGGGAUUGAGCCAUAUUCUGUUGAGUUAUCUCCCAGUGGAGAGCUACUGGUUUUGGAUUCUGAAAAUAGUAACAUUUACAAGAUUUCAACACCAUUAUCUAGAUAUAGCCGGCCCAAGCUGAUCGCUGGAUCUUCUGAAGGGUACUCGGGACAUGUAGAUGGGAGACUAAGAGAAGCAAGAAUGAACCACCCGAAAGGUCUUACGGUGGAUGACCGAGGAAACAUAUAUAUAGCAGACACAAUGAACAUGGCUAUCAGAAAGAUAAGUGAUGAAGGGGUUACAACUAUUGCAGGUGGAAAAUGGACUCGUGGAGGUGGUCAUGUUGAUGUUCCAAGUAAAGAUGUGAAGUUUUCAAAUGAUUUUGAUGUGGUUUAUAUUGGAAGUAUCUGCUCUCUUUUGGUUAUAGAUCGAGGAAACCAGGCGAUUCGAGAGAUUCAACUCCAUGAUGAAGAUUGUAGCUAUCAAUAUGAUGGUAGUUUCCAUUUAGGAAUAGCAGUGCUUGUUGCUGCUGCAUUCUUCGGCUACAUGCUAGCAUUGCUGCAGCGUCGGGUUCAAGCAUUGUUUUCUUCCAAUGAUGAUUCAAGAGCUUAUAUAAAGAAAGGUACACCAAUGCCACCAUACCAAAGGCCUCCGAAAUCAGUAAGGCCUCCGUUGAUUCCAAAUGAAGGUGAACUUGAGAAACCAGACGAGGGCUUUUUUGGUUCACUCGGGAGGCUUGUCCUCAACACUGGAUCAACUGUAGGUGAAAUAUUGGGGGGAUUAUUUUCAGGCUUCAGAAGCAAGCCCCUUCACUACCAGUUUCAGCAGCAGUACCAGCACCAUUUACAACAUUCAAAUGCAUGGCCGAUGCAAGAAAGUUUUGUGAUUCCAGACGAAGAUGAACCACCAUCAAUUGAAACCAGGACCCCUACACCAAAGAGAACCUAUCCAUUUAUCACCAAGGACAUGGAGAAGCACCAGCAAUUCAAGCACAACCAUAGUUACCAUAGUGGAUGGGAUGCUGAGUAUCACCAACAGAAAAAACAACAACAGCAACAGCAAAUGCACAUGCAAAUGCAGAUGCAGAUGCAGAUGCAGCGACACCAGCAGCAGCAGCAACAGCAGCAUCAUCAUAGGCACUAUACAUCCAACCCCAAAACAUACUAUGAAAAAGGCUGCGAGACCAAUGAGAUUGUGUUUGGAGCUGUUCAAGAACAGGAUGGUCGGCGUGAAGCUGUGGUGAUAAAAGCUGUUGACUACGGAGAUCCUAGAUAUAAUCACCAUAAUAUUCGACCUCGAUUCAACUAUGUUGGUUACGCUCAUGGGUACUAAUCAUCUAUUAUAUACAUGACUAGAGGGGAAAACAAAAGAAUAUUUUCACCAUUACGUUUGCCUUAUGAAGAUGAGCAUGGAAAAUACAUCCAGGAAGAAGUCUUCUACUGUUUUUCUAUAUUUAAUUUGUUUAUUAAUUUUUUAAUCUCUUCCUUUUUACUGUUUCAUUUCUCAGUAGAGCUGUUAGUACUGUAUUACAAAGUUUGCUUGUAGUAGAAGAAAUAUGAAGAACAUAUCUUCUACAGUAUGAAGAUAGUCAGAUAGCUAGCUAUUAAUGUUUA